AAAUCGCGCGCGGCAAAAGUCGCUUUGCACGAACACGUCGUGUGUGUAGUAGCGAUCGGUGGACGGACGGAACACAAGCACACCGGCACUCAUCACGGAUACUUGUACCGCGGCUUUUAUUUGGGGAUUACCACUGGAAGGAUUCACAUCGAGCGGCGAGGCUUUUCUUACGAUUUUGCGUUUUUCGUUUCUAAAUUUGAGUGUAAAGCAAAUUUCAUUUCGUUAUUAAUCGUUCGCGAUAGUUGUUUUAAACAAUAUACAGUAAAAAAGUCGGUUGAAGAAACACCUACGCUCUGAAGAAUUUCGAUUGUUUUUCGUGCGACUGAGGGAUUUUUUGCUGACAAAGAAAAUCCACGAGCCGUUAUACAAUAUGAUGAUGGACCCCACAGGUGAUCAAGUCGAAUUAAUCGGCAAAAAAUACGAAUAUGAUCCUUCGAUGAAGCUGCCUUUAGAGAGGCAGCGUACUCGGACUGAUUUUCCGUUUCUUGUGACUCUCGGGAUUUAUUUUACUGUUGGACUAGCUAUUGCGAUUUAUGCCUACUCUGCUGGUAGUUUAGGACAUCCAUCUACUAAUUCAAACAAAAUUUUAUCUACAAACUUUGGAUCUACAUCUCAUGUAGAAAAUAAGGAGAACUAUAAUACUGGUUCAAGUGAUAAUUUUGGUAGUAUUCAUGUCAGAGGCAGAAGUCAUAUAUAUAUAAGAACAGUUCGUUCUUUGUCAUCGAACCCAAUAACCGAAACUCCUGCGGACAUCAUACGAACAGUAAAUGAAGCAGGUGGUGCCAUAUUUGGACUCAAUGUGCUAGGAAUUUUAUUGGCUUUAGCAUACAUCAUUCUACUGCGAUACCAUGCUAAAUUUGUAGUUUAUUCUGUUAUUGGCCUCAUUUUUCUUGCAGUAGUUGCAGUAUUUAGUUUUUGCACCUACUCAUAUAUAUUACAUGAGACAAGUUGGGAACUUCUACUCGCUAUAUUCAGUUUCAUUAUUUUCCUAAUCAUAUUAGUAAUUUUCUUAGUCCUGCGUAAAAAAAUUGUGAUUGCCUGUGAAGUUAUCAAGUACUCGAGCAAGGCUGUAUUAUUUUUUCCAUCGACCCUUCUAUUUCCAAUUCUGCCUUACAUUCUUUACAUAUCAACAUUUGCUUUUUGUACAUCUGUUGACUUUUACUUGAGCAUGGUAACUUCUGGUCUCCAUGGGACAUCUCCACCUCACACCAAAUUGUUCCGUUUCAUUAAUUUAUUUGGAUUCUUAUGGUAUACCAGCUUCGUAACAGGAUUUACGCAGAUGGUUCUUUCUGGGGGUUUUGUGACUUGGUAUUGGGCUAGAAACAAAAGUGAUGUACCCAAAAACACUAUUAUUAAAUCUAUGAAAAUAACAUCCAAGUAUCAUCUUGGAACUAUUGCUCUUGGAUCAUUGAUUGUCGCACUUUGUCAAGUUAUUAAUAUGAUGAUUGAAACUUUACGUAAAAUAUUCAAAGGACGCUGUAGUCCUAUUGCUUGGCUGUGCUGUUGUGGAUGGGGAUGUGGAUGCGGGUUUUCCUGUUUCAGAACUUUAUUCAAAAUUUUGGAAAAAGUCAUGAAUUUGAUCAACACUAAUGCUUACAUUAUGAGCAUCACUCAUGGUACUGACUUCAUAAGAUCAGCUAAGGAUGCAUUUUAUCUUCUGAUGAGAAACAUUGUAAAAUGCAUUGUCAUUUAUAAGAUUACGGAUGCAAUCUUGUUCAUUGGAACCUUAUUGAAUUGUAUUAUUUCAUUAUUGAUUGUGUUUGCAUCAUAUGGAUAUAACGAUAAAUUUUGGAUUGUUGGAACAGUAAUCGUAGUAUGUAAUAUAUUGAUAUCAUUGUCAUUCUUUAUGGUACUUAGAACAGCUAUUAACACUAUUUUCCUUGCUGUACUAGAAGAUUUUGAACGAAAUGACGGCACUGAAGCCAGACCUUAUUUUAUGAAUAAUAGAUUGAAACAAUUAUUGUUAACAGAGUAGACGUAAUUUAAUUUUCUUUUCUUUUUUUCUUUUUUGUUAAUUAUAAGGAUUAUUUUCAUUUAUAUUAUUGUGAUGAAACUAAAGUAUUAUGGAAGUCUUCAGAAACAAUACUUUUUCUAGAACUAAUAACAUAGAAUUAUGUUUUUAAGGAUUAUUGAAAUUUGUAAUGACUAUAUUACAAAAUUAUUGUUUCAUUUUUCAUAUUUUGUAUACUUUCUUAUAAAAGUCAUAUUUUCCUACGAUAACAUCUAACUUAUAGUAAGCAACAAGUUGCAAGGCAAAGCUUUGAACUUGUGGUGCACAUUAGGGUUACUUAUUUUUGUACUUGCUAAAUUCUGAACUGAAUAAAAUGUAAUUUUUUCUUAGAGAA